AUGCAGUCUCCCGAUGAAAGCCAGCUCUGGUGCCUUGGCCCAUCCCUGUGGAGCCUGAUUGCUGAACAUGUUCCUGGUUCAGAGCUGCCAAAGAUCCAUACAGCACUGGGCCACUCCCUGGUUGGCAUGUACACAGAGGUGCACUCUGAGGCGGAGAUGUGGCACAAGAUGUGGCAGGAGAGCCAGCGAGGAGGAAACCAUGGCAGCAGUGCAAUGACCUCAGUCCCACGUCAACAGGCCCCCCCUCUGGCUGACCCCCCUGCAGUCAAAGAGCUCCUGAGAGCUGAGGUCAAGAUGUUGCUACAGACUCUUAGAGAGAGAGCCAGCAGGGGGGGAAGAGAUGGUGAGGAGCUCCUGUUUCGUUACAAACCUGAGACUGUGAACUAUGCCCUCGGUCACCUUGACAGCUGUUACAGUAACUGUACCAACCUUGGAGAUACUGAUUAUGGAAACAGACCAAGCUCUCGUUGUUCAGUCAAGUCCCACGCUGAAGACGAAGUUGAGGCAGUAAGAGACAAGCUGAAUGUCACUGACAUUGACCAAGUGGUGGACCGCCUCAAGUCUGUCCUAAUGGAGGAAUCUGAAGUGCUGAACAGACUGGUAAAGCAUUUCAAGAAAAAUAUUAAACAAAAGUGCAGGACUCGAUGUGAAUUUGAUAAAUCAGAGCCUACACUUGCAGAGUUGAGAGAGCUAAGAGGAGCUAUACAAAUGGACUUGGAGCUUUACCCCUCUUCAUUUGCCGCUUCACCCCCAGCCUCGCCUCCUCUCCCUGUGAAGGAAUUGAAAAACAGGUUCAGCAACAAGACAGCGAGAACAGUAACUGAGCAAUCCCUGGUGAUUGGAGGCUUCAGGGUUCAGCAGGCUCUGAUUGGAGGCUUCAGGGUGCAGCAGAUGAAACCUGAGAAGCUGUGA